AGAGAGAAAGAAAAGGGAUAACGCACGGCGCACUUCGAAACCCCUCCUAAACCACGCGUGACCCAAUCGCAAUGGCGACGCCGCCGGAAUCCCUCUCACCGGCUGCAGCGGCGGUGGAGGAUGAUUGGGAGGAGGCGCGGGGGCUGCUGUACGAGGCCUACAACGAGCUGCAGGGCCUGGCGGCGGAGCUGGGCGGCGCGGCGGCGCCCGCGCCAGCGGUGGUGGUCGUCGGCCACCAGACGGACGGCAAGAGCGCGCUGGUCGAGGCGCUGAUGGGGUUCCAGUUCAACCACGUCGGCGGAGGCACCAAGACGCGCCGCCCCGUCGCGCUCCACCUCCGCUUCAACCCGCGCUGCCACGCCCCGCGCUGCCGCCUCCUCGCCGGCUCGGGCGCGGGGGACGACGAGGACGAAGAGGCCGGUGUCGCCGGCCGCGCAAUGCCGCUCGCCGACAUCCAGGCAUACAUAGAAGCCGAAAACAUGAGGCUGGAGAAUGAUCCUUCCCAAUUUUCAGAAAAAGAAAUUAUAAUAAGGAUAGAAUACAAGCAUUGCCCUAAUCUCACCAUUAUUGACACUCCAGGCCUCAUCCUACCAGCUCCUGGCCGUAAAAACCGAGUUUUGCAGAGCCAAGCUUGUGCUGUAGAGACCCUUGUUCGUGCGAAAAUAAAGCAUAAGGAAACCAUAAUACUUUGCCUUGAAGAUUGUAGUGACUGGAGCAAUGCAACUACAAGGAGAGUGGUGAUGCAGGUUGAUCCUGAUCUUGCAAGGACUGUUCUAGUCUCCACAAAACUGGACACUAAAAUUUUACAGUUUGCACGAGCCUCUGAUGUUGAAGUCUUUCUUCACCCCCCGACCUGUGCUCUAGAUGGUUCCUUACUGGGGGAUUAUCCCUUUUUCACAUCAGUGCCUUCGGGGAGAGUUGGCUCCUGCCAUGAAGCUGUAUUCAGAUCAAAUGAAGAGUUCAAGAAGGCCAUCUCAUUGAGAGAGUUGGAAGAUGUCGCAUCUCUUGAGGACAAGUUGGGAAGGGGACUUACAAAGGAGGAGAAAAACAGAAUAGGAGUGAGUAACUUGAGACUAUUUUUGGAAGAAUUGCUGAGGAAGAGGUACAUUGAGAGUGUUCCAUUAAUUAUUCCACUUCUUGAGAAGGAACAUCGUGGUGCAACAAGGAAGCUGCGUGAAGUCAAUCAAGAAAUCAGUGAUUUGGAUGAAGCAAAAAUGAAGGAGAAAGCUCGCCUGUUCCAUGAUUCAUUCUUGUCGAAGUUAUCUUUGCUAUUGAAAGGCAUGGUGGUGGCACCGCCUGAUAGAUUUGGAGAAACUUUAAUUAACGAGAGGAUAAAUGGAGGAACUUUUACUGGAAGUGAGAAUUUCCUGAUCCCAAACAAAUUGAUGCCUAAUGCUGGAAUGCGUCUCUACGGUGGCGCACAAUACCAUCGGGCAAUGGCUGAAUUUCGUCUGGUUGUUGGAAGUAUUAGAUGCCCUCCAAUUACUAGGGAGGAAAUUGUCAAUGCUUGUGGUGUGGAAGAUAUUCAUGAUGGGACAAACUACUCCAGGACUGCUUGUGUGUUAGCUGUGGCAAAAGCACGUGACACAUUUGAGCCUUAUCUUCACCAGCUGGGUUUUAGGUUAUUAUACAUAAUGAAGAGACUGAUUCCGAUAUCUGCUUUUCUGUUGGAGAAAGAUGGUGAGAACUGUAGCAGCCAUGAUGUACUUGUGAAGCGUGUCAAAGCUGUCAAUUUGAUAAGUUUGCAUGAAUCUACUGAGCAAUCAUGUCGUGAAAGAUGUAUGGAGGAUUUGGUGAGCACCACUCGUUAUGUCACUUGGUCCCUUCACAAUAAGAACCGUGCCGGAUUGAGACACUUCUUUGAUUCCUUUGUUGCACAAGAGCAAUUAUCCGUGAACACACUUACUGCCCACUCGACUGGGCUGCAUGAGCAAUCCUUUGGCUUGAAUGACAAUAAGCAGGAUAGGCCAAAGGGAGACUUCAAAUCAAGUAAUUCUUCAGAAGCAAAUUCACCCACUGUUGCAUCAGAGACUAGGCUUGUUGAUCUCUUGGACAGCACACUAUGGAACAGAAGGCUGGCACCCUCAUCUGAAAGACUUGUGUAUGCACUGGUUCACCAGAUUUUCCAUGGGAUCAAAGAGCAUUUUCUUGUCACCACAGAGCUUAAGUUCAAUUGCUUUCUCCUCAUGCCGAUUGUUGACAAAUUACCGGCGCUUCUAAGAGAAGACCUUGAAUCAGCCUUCGAAGAUGAUCUUGACAGCAUAUUUGAUGUUACUCAGCUGCGCCAUUCACUUGGGCAGAGGAAGAGAGAUCUGGAGAUCGAAUUGAAGCGGAUCAAACGCUUAAAGGAGAAAUUCGCAGAGAUAAACAAGAAGCUGAAUUCUCUCCAGGUUAGACAGUAAGCUACUCUAGGAGAAGCAGAGCAACUAGCUACUCUAGUCGAGUUAGAUUAUUUCUAUGCUGUAAUAAUAAUAAUCCCUUAGUGUGUAAUAAUAAUAGUCUAGUGUGAUUAUGACUUCUUUGUUGGAUCUUUUCAUGUGUAAAUAUACAUAUAUUAACCCUUCCAAUGUCGUUUCCCUUCCUUGCAAACCGACUAACAAAGAACUUUUACGUGA